CGACAAUUUUCAUGCUCUAUUUGCUUGGUAUUUUCUAAGCGCUCUGGCAGAAGUUUAUCUCUGACCUCUCUCUCUGUAUUUCUCUGUCUCUGUGUCUCUGCUAAAAGGUUCACAGAAUGCAUAUGGGGUUCAAUCUCAAUCAGUCUCUUCUGCAAAUGAGAGGGUUUUGAGCUUAAUGAACAUGGGUAGGAGGAGAAAGGAGUGAUUCUUCUGGUCAUUAUCCCUUUGGCGAGGAACAAAGUUGGAACUUGCAAGCCUGUUUCUUUUUUGACGACCCUUAAAUGGAAACCUCUGUAUCCAUGAAGAUUCCGAAAUCGUUGAAGUUUCUAUUUUAAUUUCCAGAAUCGCUCACCAAGAAGGUUCUUCAAAAGAGUUGCAGGCCUCACCUUUGAAGGGCUCCAUGGUUUUAUUGUUUCGUUUCCUUCCGUUUCACGGUAGAUGAAGUGAACAACAGUUACAAAGGACGCUUGCUUGACUCUUUAAAAGAUGGAUUCGGUGAAACCGGCGACGACAUCGAAUGUUGGUGGAUUAGUUCGCACUUUUGCUAAAGUUCUUCGGAUUCGUGCAGCUGGGAUCGCUCCUGAUAAUGGGAAAAUCCGUCGAUUGAAGUCUCAAAACAAGCUCAAGGAUGAUGAGAUUAAUGGUAAUGGGCAUCAGCAUCAGGGUAAGAUCGAUUCUAUUACUGACAAUGGAGACCUGUCCAAGUCUUUUGCUGAUGAAGAUGAGAAGCUCCGGAACAGGGCAGCCAUGGAAGCUUUCUUAGCGAAGCUCUUUGCGAGCAUUUCGUCUGUGAAAGCUGAUUAUGCCCAGCUCCAGAUGGCUCAGGCCCCUUACGACCCAGAUGGCAUUCAGGCUGCCGAUGAGUUAGUGGUCUCAGAGCUGAAACGUCUUUCGGAGUUGAAACAGUGUUACUUGAAGAAACAGAUGGAUCCUUCUCCUCAGGUGACGCAGUUGUUGGCAGAAAUCCAAGAACAACAGAGCCUCUUGAAGACUUAUGGAAUAAUGGGGAAGAAGUUGGAGUCCCAGUUGAAGCUCAAGGAUUCGGAGAUUACCUUCCUCAAAGAGAAACUGAAGGAAUCCGAGGCGCAGAGCAGAAUCCUAGAGAAAAAACUAAACCCAAGUUGUGUCAGUGGGCCUCUCUCUGUUCUCCUCGAUGAUCUCCACUUGUCGGGUUUAAACCCCAAUCACUUCAUAACUGUUCUACGAUACGCAGGCAAAUCUAUUCGGAGCUUCGUGAAGGUGAUGAUCGAACAGAUGAAAUCUGCAGGUUGGGAUAUCCACGCAGCGGCCGAUUCAAUCGAACCAAAUGUGGUCUACACGAAACCGAACGACAAGUGCUUCGCAUUCGAGUGCUUCGUUUGCAGAGAGAUGUUUGAUGGCUUCCAAAUUCCCAAUUUCUCUCUCCCGAACGUGUUCGAGCCCGAGAGGGAUCAGCGCCAGAGCUACUUCUUUUCGAGAUUCACAGAGCUCAAAUCUGCAAAACCCAUGGAGUUCCUAUGCCAGAAGCCCCGUUCACCGUUCGGGAAGUUCUGCCGUGCCAAGUACCUGAAGCUGGUUCAUCCAAAGAUGGAAUCUUCCUUCUUCGGAGAUCUGAAUCAGAGGAAGUUAGUGAACGCAGGGGGGUACCCAGAGACACCGUUCUUCGCCACAUUUGCAGAAAUGGCGAAGAGGGUAUGGCUUCUCCACUGCUUGGCCUUUUCAUUCGAGCCGGAAGCUUCGAUAUUCCAGGUGAAGAGAGGGUGUAGGUUCUCAGAGGUGUACAUGGAGAGCGUGGCGAACGACGCGCCGCUGACGUUGCCAGUGGACAUGUCGGGGGUGGGAUUCACGGUUGUGCCGGGAUUCAGAAUAGGGAAGACAGUGAUACAGUGUCAGGUGUAUCUAUCUCCGGCGUGAUCACGGGCUUGUGGGGACGGUUGAUGUCGUCGCCUCGUGGGUAUGAUGCGAAUCUUUUUUCUGUCUUUCGGCGGACCAUGUCUCUGUCUUCUGAUGUAUGGACCUGAUGGAUGACGAUGAUCAUGAAGAUGAUGCGGCGGCAUCGAGAAAGUUAUUGGGAUUGGGGCCUACACGUGACUGGGAUGCAGAGCGGAUAUGACUAGGAUUUUGGAGUGGUCUAGACUCUAGAGAGAGAAGAGAGAGAGAGAGAGACGCGCUUUCACUUGGCACUAUGCACCGGGACCAGUAAGCUCGGCUUUUCUUUGUGGGGUCUCUCUUUUUUCUCUCUCUCUCUACCCAUUUUUAGGGACUUGUUUAUUCCACCUUUUGGAGAUUUUGUUUAUGUAGCCAAGAAGGGAUAUAUGUGUUAAUAGAAACUCAACAUGCCUUUAUAUGUAAAUAUUAUUAAUAUAAAUAGAUAGUUGUAAUUUUUCCAUGCAA